UCUACUUCAACCCAGCAUAAAGAAAACAUAGCGAUAGGUUACAUGUGUUAGUUGUGAGCAUGAAGGGGAUUUACAGAGACGGAUACUACGACGGAUCUAUUGAACUACGGGACGUUUUCAACAGGAGAUGCAUUAAAUGUGGCCGAGGGGACUUUGUUCAAGCCAAAACGAUGAGGAUUAGGACGGGAAUUGUUUUUUGGAAUCUCAUCUUUUCACUGAUGUUCACUUGUGUGAAAGGUUUUAUCCAUACCUGCGGAGGCACUUUAAAAGGGAGGAAUGGGACGAUAGAAAGCCCCGGGUUUCCAUAUGGAUAUCCAAAUGGAGCGAACUGUACCUGGGUGAUUGUUGCCGAGGAGGGGAGCAGGAUUCAUAUAGUUUUUCAAUCUUUCGCAGUGGAGGAGGAAUAUGACUUUUUAUCUUUGUAUGACGGGCAUCCACACCCGGCUAACUUCAGGACAAGGUUAACAGGAUUUACCAUGCCUGCGCCUGUUACCAGUUCUGGCUCCAUUUUUUCUCUGAGGCUUACCAGUGACUUUGCAGUAAGCGCUCAUGGAUUUAAGGUCGUUUACGAAGAGCUGAGAAGCAGCUCAUGUGGAAACCCAGGGAUUCCACCCAAAGGCAUACUGAAUGGAACUCAGUUCAACGUAGGUGACAAGAUCCGCUACCGGUGCGUCACUGGCUACGUCCUGGACGGACAUUCACUCCUCACCUGUGUGACCAACACAGCCGGUGUGUCGGUGUGGGACUUCCCUGUGCCAAUCUGCAGAGCGGAGGACACGUGCGGUGGCACCCUGAGGGGCUCCAGCGGGCUCAUCUCCAGCUUCGAUUCCCCCAGCGGUGCCUCCCCUGGUGCUGGUGGAGCUGCUGGAGGCCUGGGCAGCAGUGGGGAGUGUAAGUGGACCAUUCUGGCAGAACCAGGGGACACCAUCUCCCUGGUUUUCACUGAAUUUCAAAUGGAGAAGUCGGAUUUUCUGGAAGUAGAGGGAUCUGAACCGGCAACCAUCUGGAUAACUGGAAUGAAUAUUCCAGCACCCAUCAUCAGCAACAGAAACUGGCUCCGGCUGCACUUUGUGACAGAAAGCAAUCACCGCCACAAAGGCUUCAGGGCCCAGUAUCAAGUGAAAAGCUCUGGAGAGCUUAAAUCCAGAGGGGUAAAAUUAUUACCAGGAAAGGACAACACUAACAAACUGUCUUUGAUGAAUGAAGGAGGAAUCAAACAGGUGUCUAAUUACUGCCCUGACCCAGGGGAGCCAGAGAAUGGCAAGCGGAUGGGCUCUAACUUCAGCAUCGCAGCAACUGCUCAAUUUACCUGUGAUGAAGACCAUGUUCUGCAGGGUUCCAAAACGAUUACCUGCCAGCGCGUAGCAGAAGUCUUUGCUGCUUGGAGCGACCACAGACCCGUCUGCAAGGUGAAAACGUGUGGGUCGAAUCUACAAGGACCCUCUGGGACUUUUACAUCGUCUAAUUUCCCUAUCCAGUAUGAGAGUAACUCCCAGUGUGUGUGGAUCAUCGCAGCCAGCGAUCCAACCAAGGUUAUUCAGAUCAACUUCGAAGAGUUCGACCUAGAAAUUGGGUAUGAUUCGCUAACAAUCGGAGAUGGAGGGGAAGUAGGUGAUUCUAAAACAAUAAUACAAGUGCUGACUGGGAGCUUUGUCCCAGACCUGAUUGUUAGCAUGUCCCAUCAGAUGUGGCUUCAUCUCCAGUCUGAUGAGAGCGUGGGCUCGAUUGGCUUCAAGAUCAACUAUAAAGAAAUUGACAAAGAGAGUUGUGGUGACCCUGGUACACCUCUGUACGGUUACCAAGAGGGUAGUGGUUUUCUAAACGGAAAUGUUCUGCGCUUUGAAUGCCAAUUUGGAUUCGAGCUCAUCGGGGAGAGGAUGAUAACCUGCCAGAACAACAAUCAGUGGUCGGCUAAUAUCCCCAUCUGCAUAUUCCCCUGUUUCUCCAACUUCACCGCUCCCAUGGGGACAGUGUUGUCUCCUGACUACCCGGAGGGCUAUGGAAACAACCUGAACUGUGUGUGGCUCAUUAUCUCGGAGACUGGCUCCAGGAUCCACCUGGCCUUCAAUGACUUUGACCUGGAGCCUCCCUAUGACUUCCUCACUAUCAAAGAUGGGGACCAGUCAGGAGCCACAAUACUAGGACGCUUCUCAGGGGCUGAAGUUCCUUCCCACCUGACGUCUAACAGCAACGUGCUGCAGCUGGAGUUUCAGGCUGAUCACUCUAUGUCUGGCCGAGGGUUCAACAUCACAUAUAACACUUUUGGGCGUAAUGAGUGCCCUGACCCUGGCAUACCGUUGAAUGCCAGGCGCUUUGGGGACAGUUUCCAACUGGGUAGCUCCAUCUCAGUGGUUUGUGAGGAGGGCUUCAUCAAGACGCAGGGGGCUGACACCAUCACCUGCCAUCUGGAGGAAGGCAAGGGGAUGUGGAGCGGCCUCAUUCCCAAAUGUGAAGCUCCUUGCGGGGGCCACUACUCGGGGCCUUCUGGUGUUAUCCUCUCCCCGGGGUGGCCAGGCUACUACAAAGACUCCCUGAGUUGUGAGUGGGUCAUCGAGGCCGAGCCGGGAAGCUCCAUCAAGAUCAGCUUUGACAGGUUUCAAACUGAGCUCAGUUAUGACUUCCUGGAAGUACAUGACGGUCCCAACUUGCUCUCUCCUAUGAUUGGCUCGUUUAAUGGAACCCUGGUCCCUCAGUUCCUGUUCAGUAGUAGCAACUUUCUGUAUCUGCUUUUCACCACCGAUAACAGUCGAUCAAACAGCGGCUUCAAGAUAUUCUAUGAAGUGGUCACUUUGGACACAUACUCCUGCAUGGAUCCUGGUAUUCCAGUGAAUGGCUUACGGUUAAGCCAUGACCUGUCCAUCGGCUCCACGGUGUCCUUCCAGUGUGACCCAGGAUACAGGAUGAGCCACGAGGAGCCCCUAGUUUGUGAGAAGAACCACUUCUGGAGCCACCCACUACCCACUUGUGAUGCAUCAUGCGGUGGGGAUAUCAGCGGACCUGGAGGGAUCAUCUUAUCACCUGGCUUCCCCGAGCUGUAUCCUAACUCCUUAAACUGUACAUGGACUGUAGAAGUCAGCCAUGGAAAAGGUGUCCAAUUCACUUUUUACUCCUUCCACCUGGAGGAUCACCAUGACUACCUUCUGAUAACAGAAAACGGCAGCUUCGUCCAGCCACUGGCUCGCCUCACCGGCUCAGAGAGGCCUUCACAAGUUAACGCCGGCCUGUUUGGGAACUUCAAGGCCCAGCUACGCUUCAUAUCUGACUUCUCUAUAUCGCUGCAGGGUUUCAACAUCUCUUUCUCGGAGUACGAUCUAGAGCCCUGUCAGGACCCUGGAACGCCUCGGUUUGGCUGGCACACUGGCUCCAGGUUUGGCAUUGGUGACUCAUUGCCAUUCUACUGCAACACAGGAUAUCGUCUACAGGGGGCGAGGGAGAUUGUGUGCUUGGGAGGUGGCCGCCGCAUGUGGAGUGCCCCUCUGCCAAGGUGUGUGGCGGAGUGUGGAUCUGCGGUCUCCAACUACGAGGGAGUGCUUUUGUCACCAAACUAUCCAAUGAACUACGACAACAGCCACGAAUGUGUCUACAGCAUUCAUGUCCAAGCGGGCAAAGGCAUCAAUAUCACUGCCAGUACCUUCCAGCUUGCACAAGGUGACAUCCUUAAGGUGUAUGACGGUAAAGACGGUGCAUCCCAACUCCUUGGCUCAUACACAGGCAUGUUGAUGCAAGGUCUGUCUCUUACCAGCACCUCCAACUAUCUGUGGCUUGAAUUUUACUCUGACCAGGAGGCGACAGCAGUGGGGUUCCAGCUCAUAUACCAUAGCUUUGAGCUAUCCCACUGUGAUGAUCCAGGUGUGCCGCAGUUCGGCUUCAAAGUCACUGACCAGGGUCACUUUUCUGGCAGUGCCAUCACGUUCGGAUGCGACCAAGGCUACACCCUGCACGGCAGUGGCAUACUCAAGUGCAUGACUGGGGAGAGAAGGGCAUGGGACAACCUCCUGCCCUCAUGUAUAGCGGAGUGUGGCGGGAGUUUCCAUGGAGAGUCUACAGGGCGUAUCCUGUCUCCUGGGUAUCCCUUCCCCUAUGACAACAACCUGAGGUGCACCUGGACAAUUGAGGUCAACUCUGGCAACAUUGUCAGUCUCCAGUUCCUUGCAUUCGACACAGAGGCGUCCCACGACAUCCUGAAGGUGUGGGACGGGCCUCCCGAGAACGAGAUGUCUCUGAGGGAGGUUAGCGGCUCGCUGCUGCCUGAGGGGAUCCACUCCACUCUCAACAUUGUCACCAUACAGUUCGAGACUGACUUUUAUAUCACCAAGUCUGGCUUUGCCAUCGACUUCUCCAGUUCGCUUGCGACAGCUUGCAGAGAUCCAGGUAUUCCCAUGAAUGGUAGUCGCAACGGGGAAGGGCGGGAACCUGGUGACUCGGUGACCUUCUCCUGUGAUCCAGGAUAUGAAUUGCAGGGGGAGAGCAGAAUCACCUGCAUUCAAGUGGAAAAUAGAUACUACUGGCAACCCAGCCCUCCAAGCUGCAUCGCUCCUUGUGGUGGAAAUGUGACCGGAUCUUCAGGAUUCAUCCUCUCUCCCAACUACCCAAACCCCUACCCACACAGCAAAGACUGCGACUGGCUUAUUGCUGUCCACUCUGACUAUGUGAUUUCCUUGGCUUUCAUCAGCUUCAGUAUUGAGCCCAACUAUGAUUUCCUGUAUAUCUACGAUGGGCCAGACAGCAGCACUCAUCUGAUUGGCAGUUUCCAAGACAGUAAACUUCCUGAGAAGAUUGAAAGCACUUCCAACUUCAUGUACUUGGCAUUUCGCAGCGAUGGCUCUGUGAGCUACACCGGCUUUUAUUUGGAAUACAAAGCAAAACUGCGGGAGGCGUGUUUCGAUCCGGGGAAUGUGAUGAAUGGCUCUAGAAUGGGUACUGACUACAAGCUGGGAUCUAUGGUGACUUUUCAUUGUGAGGCGGGUUACCUGCUCCAGGGCUACUCCACUCUGACAUGUGUCAUGGGCAACAGCAGGAGACCAGAGUGGGACAGAGCCAAACCAAGUUGUCAAGCUCCCUGCGGAGGUCACUUCACAGGUUCAGAGGGAACUGUGCUGUCCCCAAACUACCCACAUAAUUACACCAGAGGCCAGAGCUGUGUCUAUGACAUCUUCGUCCCUGGGGACUUUGUGUUGUUUGGUCAGUUUGUGGUAUUCCAGACUUUGACCAGUGAUGUGGUCGAGAUCUAUGACGGAUCGUUCACAGAUUCAGCCCUUCUCUCCUCCAUACAUGGAUCACACUCAGGCGAGACACUCCCUUUGAGUUCAGGAAACAAGAUAACGCUCAAGUUUACCACAAAUGGAACUGAAACAGCCAAAGGAUUUCACUUUGUUUACCAAGCUGUCCCCCGGACAAGUGCGUCUCAGUGUAGCUCUGUCCCUGAGCCUCGAUUUGGGAAGCGGAUAGGGAACGACUUUGGCAUCGGUAUGGUGGUACUGUUUGAAUGCAAUCCAGGCUACACGCUGCACGGCUCCAACGCCAUCAGGUGUGAGGCCAUGCCCAAUGCCCUGGCCCAGUGGAACGGCACUGUGCCCACAUGUGUUGUUCCUUGCGGCGGAUUGUUAACUGACCGCAGAGGCACUAUCCUCUCUCCUGGAUACCCAGAGCCGUACGCCAACUAUCUGAACUGUGCCUGGAAAAUAUCUGUUCCCGAGGGAGCCGGCAUCCAAAUUCAAGUUGUGACCUUCGCCACAGAACAUAACUGGGAUUCGCUGGAUUUCUUCGACGGGGUUGAUGGCAAUGCUCGAAGGCUUGGUAGCUACUCAGGUACAACAAUUCCUCAACUGCUGAACAGCACGUCAAACAAUCUGUACUUGACCUUCCAGUCUGACAUCAGUGUGUCCGCCGCUGGCUUCCACUUGGAGUACACAGCAAUAGGUUUGGAUUCGUGCCCAGAGCCGCUGCCUCCCAGUAACGGCCAGAAAGUGGGUGACCGCUACACUGUGGGUGACAUGGUGUCCUUCCUGUGCGAUCAAGGCUUCUCGUUACAGGGUAAUGCAUAUAUUACCUGCAUGCCUGGCCCCGUCAGAAGGUGGAAUUACCCCGUACCUCUGUGUUUAGCUCAGUGUGGCGGCUCUAUGACAGACUUCAGCGGCGUCAUCCUCAGCCCAGGCUUCCCAGGGAAUUACCAGAGCAGCCUGGACUGCAGCUGGAGAGUUCAACUCCCUAUUGGCUUCGGGAUCCAUCUGCAGUUUCUAAACUUCUCCACAGAGCCUGUUCAUGACUAUCUGGAGGUGCGCAGCGGGAACCUGGAGACGGGAACAGUGAUUGAUCGGUCCAGUGGCCCUGUGGUGCCUAACUCUCUCUUUAGCACCACCCACGAGACCACUCUCUUCUUCCACAGCGACUACUCCCAGAACAAGCCUGGCUUCCACAUUGUCUACCAGGCAUAUGAGCUACAGAGGUGUCCGGACCCCCGACCGUUUCGCAAUGGCAUAGUGAUCGGACAGGAUUACAGUGUGGGGAUGACCAUUUCCUUUGAGUGCCUUCCAGGUUACACUCUGCUUGGAGAGCCAUCUCUUACAUGUCUGCACGGAGUCAGCAGAAACUGGAAUCACCCCAUACCUCGCUGCGAAGCUCUCUGUGGUGGGAAUGUAACAUCCAUGAAUGGCACAAUUUACUCUCCUGGACACCCAGCCGAGUAUCCACACUUCCAGGACUGCAUGUGGACUGUCAGAGUACCCCCUGGGUAUGGCAUCCACAUCAAUUUCUCUGUUAUCAAUACAGAGCCAAUCUACGACUACAUCACUGUGUGGGAUGGACCCGACCAGGCCUCACCUCAAAUUGGUCAGUUCAGUGGCAACUCAGUACAGGAGGGCGUGUCCACCACUGCCAAUCAGAUCCUCAUCAAAUUCCACAGCGACUUCAGUACCAGCGGCUUCUUUGUGCUGCAUUAUUACGCAUACCAGCUGAGAACAUGUCAGCCACCUCCUCCUGUCGCCAACGCUACUAUCCUAACCGAUGAUGACGAGUUUCAAAUAGGGGACAUCAUUCGGUACUCGUGCCUGCCAGGCUUCACCUUGGUGGGCAGUGAGAUUCUGACCUGUCGACUUGGAGAGAGGCUACAGAUGGAUGGACCCCCACCCAGCUGUCAAGUCCAAUGUCCAGCCCAUGAGGUGCGUUUUGACUCAACGGGGGUGAUCUUGAGUCCAGGCUUCCCUGAUAACUACCCCAAUCUCCAGAUGUGCUCCUGGCUGAUCAACGUGGAGAAGGGUUACAACAUGACUCUGCACUUUGAACUCUUCCAGACAGAGAAGGAGUUUGACAUCCUGGAAAUAUUUGAUGGUCCCAACAUCUACAGCCAGAGCCUGGCAUCACUCAGCGGUGACAUUGAAACACCCUUCAGCCUGACCACCGCAGGCCACCAGCUCCUGCUGCGCUGGUCGUCUGACCACGGCACCAACCGACGCGGCUUCUACAUCAGAUACGUGGCAAUGUACUGCAGUACCCCAGACUCCCCACAGCACGGCUUUGUCGUGAGCCAGACUGGGGGUCAUCUGAACAGCAUGGUGCGCUGGGCCUGCGACAGGGGGUACAAGCUGAUCGGAAAGGGCACAGCUGUGUGCAAGAAGACCACCUAUGACUUCUACGCCUGGGACGCGCCAGUUCCCGCGUGUCAAGCUGUGUCAUGCGGUGUGCCCAGUGCGCCAGUGAAUGGAGGUGUGCUUGCUGCUGAUUACUCUGUCGGCACACGGGUGACCUACUUCUGCAACAGCGGCUACCGGCUCUCGUCCAAAGAGCUGACGACCACAGUCUGCCAGCCAGACGGCACCUGGAGCAACCACAACAAGAUACCCCGAUGCAUCGUCAAUAUGUGCCCUAGUCUCAGCUCCUUCUCUCUGGACCACGGGAAAUGGAGGAUCGUCAACGGUUCGCAUUAUGAAUAUGGAACUAAAAUAAUCUUCACCUGCAACCCUGGAUACUACCGCAUUGGCCCCGCCCACAUCCAGUGCCAUGCCAAUGGGGUGUGGAGCUGGAGAACCGAGAGGCCUCGAUGUAGAAUCAUUUCCUGUGGGGAUCUUCCCACUACUCCUAAUGGGAAGAAAAUUGGGACCCAAAGUAGCUUUGGAGCGUCAGCCAUUUUCAGCUGUAACCUUGGCUAUGUUUUAACUGGAUCUACAGUUCGAGAGUGUCUCCUGUCCGGCCUUUGGAGUGGGAUGGAGACUCACUGCCUGGCCGGUCACUGUGGUGUCCCAGAGCAGAUUGUAAAUGGGCAGGUGAUCGGGGAAAACUUUGGUUAUAGAGACACAGUGGUUUACCAAUGCAACCCCGGAUUCAGACUCAUUGGCUCCUCAGUACGGAUCUGCCAGCAGGACCACGGCUGGUCUGGAACGCUCCCAGUUUGUAUCUCUGUCACAUGUGGCCACCCCGGUAGCCCUAUAUAUGGCCGCACCACAGGCGAUGGCUUCAACUACAAUGAUGUGGUGCGCUUCUCCUGCAACAAAGGCUACACCCUGGAAGGACCCUCCACAGCCCAGUGCCAGGCCAGCCGCCAGUGGAGCAGGCAGCCACCAACAUGCAGAGUGGUGAACUGCACAGAUCCAGGUAUCCCUGCCAAUUCUAUCCGGGAGAGUAAGAUUGAGCACGGUAACUUCACAUUCGGCAGCGUGGUCUUCUACGACUGUAACCCAGGAUAUUACCUGUUCGGCUCAUCGGUGCUGACCUGCCAGCCGGUCGGCCACUGGGACAAACCUCUACCAGAAUGCAUCGAGGUGGACUGCAGCCACCCGGGUGCACCUCCCCACGGAGUGAUGAGCGGAGAGAAGUUUACCUUUGGCUCCACCGUGCGCUAUUCCUGCUCUGGAGACCGCCAGCUCAUAGGAGACUCAUCACUAACCUGUCAACUGAACGGACACUGGAGCGGCCCACUGCCUCACUGCUCAGGCAACUUGGCAGGAACCUGUGGGGAUCCUGGCACACCUGCCCAUGCCAGCAGGGAGGCAGGCAACUUUAAAGUGCGCAGCAAGGUUCGCUUCACCUGUACCGUGGGACAUACACUGUACGGGUCGGCAGAGAGGAUCUGCUUCCCCAACGGGACCUGGUCGGGAAGACAGCCGUUCUGCAAACCGGUACAGUGUGGGAACCCAACCACACCUGCUCAUGGUUGUAUUUCCCGUGUGGAUGGCACAACCUUCUCCCACUCCAUGGUGUAUUCUUGUAUGGAGGGUUAUUUCCUCGCUGGCUCGCCCACACGUCAGUGUCUGGCAAAUGGCACGUGGUCUGGGAUGGCUCCUAACUGCACAAUGAUCGCCUGUGGCGACCCUGGUAUUCCAGCCAAUGGACUUAGAUAUGGAGAAGAUAUCACCGUGGGCCAGAAUGUGACGUUCAUGUGUCAGCCGGGGUAUGUGAUGAUCGGUGGGGACAGCGCUGUCACCAGGACCUGCACCAACAAUGGCACCUGGAGUGGCACCAUGCCAGCAUGCAAAGUGGUGACGUGUUCUACACCCCCAUCCAUACCCAACGGCCUCCUGGAGGGCUCAGUGCUGGAGUGGGGUACCAGCGUGAGCUACAGCUGCCUAUCUGGCUAUGAGCUAUCCUUCCCCGCUGUGCUCACCUGCACAGGGAAUGGGACCUGGAGUGGAGACCUGCCUCAGUGCUUGCCCAAGUUCUGCGGAGACCCUGGUGAGCCUGCCAAAGGACGGAGAGGAGGGCGCAGUUUCAUCUUCAAGUCGGAGGUGAUGUUUAGUUGCAGUGUCCCCUAUGUUCUUGUUGGAUCAACAACACGCUUGUGCCAGGAGGACGGCACCUGGAGCGGAUCUCAGCCUCGAUGUAUAGAGCCCACGAGAACCUCAUGUGAAAAUCCAGGGACACCUGAGCAUGGCUUAAUGAAUUAUACAACAGGCUUCAAGGUGGGCAGCAGAAUAGACUUCCAGUGCCAACAGGGACACCUACUGCAGGGCUCCACCACCCGGCUCUGUUUGCCAGAUCUCACCUGGACCGGCAUCCAGCCUGGCUGUAUCCCUCACUCCUGCAAGCAGCCGCGGAGCCCGGCCAACGCUGACGUUGUGGGUCUAGACCUGCCUGCCUAUGGUUACACCCUGGUGUACUCCUGUCAGCCAGGUUAUUUCCUCUCCGGGGGUUCAGAGCACCGUGUCUGCCGCUCCGACGGCAGCUGGACUGGCAAGGUGCCUGUGUGCAGAGUCGGCUCCAAGUCACAUGAGAAAACUGUCAAAGCCGCACCGGGAACACCAAGCCCUAAAAUAAAUGUUCCUGACAACGUCUUUACCCCUGGUUUCGUAUGGAAGGGCUCCUAUGAUUACAAAAGCCAGAAACAGCCAAUGACUCUGACAGUCACAAGCUAUAAUGCCACAAUGGGAAAAGUCAAUGUAACUUUAACUGACAGUAGCAUGGAGUUUCUGCUCUCUGGAGUGUACAAGCACCAGGAGGCACGGUUAAUGCUCUUGCUGUACCAGAUGAGAGCGCUGGCUCACAGCUCCUUGAGCAGGAUUACAGAUGAGACCUGGGCAAUGGACGGAUUUGUUUCAGCCGAGCCUGACGGUGGCAGCUACGUGUUCCAAGGCUUUAUACAGGGUAAAGACUACGGACAGUUUGGACUUCAGAGAGUUGGUUUGAGCAUGAGAGAGAACGUUACACUCACUGACCCUGAAACCACCGGCUCCACCAACAGCAGUUCUGUUGCUGUCGCUAUCCUUGUGCCUUUCUUUGCCCUCAUCUUUGCAGGCCUCGGCUUUUAUCUCUACAAACAGCGGACAACGGAUAAAGCGCAGUACACAGGAUGCUCUGUGCACGAGAACAACAAUGGACAGGCAACUUUUGAGAAUCCCAUGUACACAAACACAAAAGCAGCUGAGGGGAAAGUUGUCCGCUUUGACCCCAAUCUCAACACCAUCUGCACCAUGGUUUGAUGUCUACCAAGUAUGAGAGGAAGACAGGAGGAGAGAGACACUUAAAGGGAGAUUACAACUUGUUUGCUUAACAUUAAUAUAUCAACAUAUUUAUAUUUUCCUGUUUCUGAUGACAUACAACAAAGACACAGAAUUGCUUCAGAAUUAUAAAGCACACUUUCAGCAACACUUGGCUGUUGCAAUCGAUCGUAUGAAAAAGCUCAAAGAAAGACUAAAGACGAGAGAGGAAGGAGAGGUCCCACACCUUUCCGGAUCUUCCAGUAGUUCGGUGAAGGGAAGUGUUCUUUACACUCUGUGAGUGAGAGUAAAAAAAAGCCUCUGGCAAAUUAAUAAAAUAGAGUAUUUUAUGCUCUGUAGUAUAGACAUAGAGGGGUUACUUCACAAUGCCAAAUGAAAACAGCCCAAAUCUAAACCCUUUUGUUUUGUCUCAGUUUCACAUUCACCCUAACAAGAGUUAUUUUUUGAGUUGAGGAGCCUCAACUGUGAGUUGAGCAAUGUUAUCUUCAGAAUCUAUUUUCAAAGCAGAUGAGUGUGUGAGAGGAGAAGAGGACGUAGAGAAGAAACUGCAUCUCUUUGAAUAGCGUGAGCUGAGUCUGUUCAAAGUUAUAUGGUCGAUUAUACCUCUUAAUUGGACGGUACUGUACCUCCUACUGAUGAAACAUGGCCAGGGUUUUAAUUACUGAAGUGCAGUAUAAUUUCUUCGAGUGCCAUUGCGAAUGCUAGGGCUUUUAUUGUUACAGUGCAGGUUCUCUGACGACAAUAGUACACUUUCUUCAAAAGAGAUAUAGUCAAUAUAAGGGUUUAUUAUCAAGAUGUGUGCAAUGAAAUAGUUUUUGCAGAGAUGUUGUUGGAUUAUUAUUAGUACUUUACCUUUCAGUAUAUUGGUCUUAAAACUAUUUACCAGUUCUUAAGUUAUUGAAACUUCUGAAAGAAUAUUUAUUUUUGGUAUUUUCUCUUAUGAUUUUCCAGUCUUUUUGUGUCCCAAAUAUGAACCAAAUUUGGUGUGAAUUAACCCCAGCCUUGAGCCUGUACAUGUCAUGAAUCUCAAAGUAGGAGCUCCUUGCCUAGUUCUUUCAGGUUUUAAAGAAUGACAAAGUUGAGAAUACCUACAGUGCACAGUUCCUACAGCUGGCCAGGUUUCCCAGAAGUUUAUUUAAGCCUUGAUGUCGGUAAAUCAAAGUGCAAAGAUGUGUCAGUGGGCAGUCCAAGGUCGGAUGAAGCCUGUUGUUUUGUUUUAUGUCCUAAAAGGUUUGACAUGGGGGCUGCCUUACUUUAGAGUGGCCUGCAACUUCCACAGCAUCUCUGAUCUUUGAGCAGUGUUUGUGUUUCUAUAAUUCUUUUGGGAAACUGUGCCUUAGUGAGUAAAUCCUUGAUCUGUACUCCUACUCUGAGACACUUGAUGAAUACACGGCCUUGGCCUAUUUUGUUGACACACACUGAUACAAAUGGUGACGUCAAUGUCUUACUGAACCAUCAGCUUCUGCCAACAAAUGUACAGUAUAAAUAAAACAAUUUGCACACUUUACCAGGAGCCACCAUCAGUAUUGUACUAUCAUCCAAGUCCAUCCAUGUUUUAAAAAUAAAAAAAAUAAUUUGACACUCAUCACAUUCCUACAUCAUUGCAGUGCCUUGAAUACUGUAUGGGCAUAUGUUUAUAAGGAAGACAUAACAUUUAAUUGCAUUAGUAAAGCUGUACAUCAGUGUAAUUCAUCUGACGUUUGCAAUGAUUUAGCUGAGUGAUGUCAGCUCUGAUGGUUUAUCUAAGAAGAGGUGUGUUUGAAAAGCAGCUCAUAGUUUCAUAUCUGUGCAUGUUGGUAAGUGAUCCAGUAUAGCAAUUGCUGCUAUAGUACUUUGUACCACUAUGUUGAUUCCUGUCAUUGCUGUUACAUUUUGUACAUUUAUACAGUUUUGAUACUUGAUGGCAUUCUUUGGCAAGAUAUCUUGUGUUAUCGAUAUGUAAUAUAUUUUGCGAGUUCAUAUUUCUUAUGGAUGAGAAAAAAGAAAUGCACCUGGUAAAAACAGUACACGGCAAGUCAGUCCCACAUCCCACUCUGGAGUAGAGUAGAAUGCUUUUAAAUGUACCACACAAUUGUUAUCCCAUUCAGAAACCUGUGUAUAUGAAUAUGUACAUAUUACAAGUUUUAUAAAGAGAUAUAUUUUUUAUGCAAAUAAAGCAUUUGUAAGUUAUUGAAUAUGUCGUGUAAAAUUUCACAUGUAAAUGUCAUGUAAGAUCAAAAAAUGUUUUGUAUUUUUUCUUUAUCAGCAAUGUAUAAAUCCUUAAUUUAUAUAUAAAAUAUAAAAUAAUGAA